AGCCGGCUGCUUCAAUGAUCAAGAGCUGUAAAGGGGCGGUCCGCGUAGGCUACACUAUAAUAUACAGGCUAUUUUGGUUGAGCAACCUCAUUGACUCAAUUGCAACACUUUCGCUGUACAGGACAACAGCGCUUGACUUACAAAGAUGCAGACGAGGCUGGCCCUGUGCGUGGCCCUGCUAGCCCUGGCCCUGGCUUACCAGUGCCCUGACGGGGGGGAGUGUCAGGGGGGGGCCACCUGCUGCCAAACCCCCACACACGGAUACGAGUGCUGCCCGCUGCAUCAAGCGGAGUGCUGUGGAGAUCACAAGCACUGCUGUCCUGAAGGCACUAUCUGCCAGGUGGACGAGGCCAGGUGUGUCAACGCCACAGUCUCUCUGCCGUGGGUGGAGAGACGUCCUGCCAAACCAUCGGGACUGUCGAAAUCGUUCAGGAUGAUCUGGUCCCACCCCGGGGACGAGGAUGAGGACGUGUGUCCUGACGGGUCUCACUGCCCCGCGGAGUUCUCCUGUCUGGAGGCUCUCAGGGGCUACGGCUGCUGUCCCCUGGCCCAGGGUGUUCCGUGUGUCGAUGGGAAGCACUGCUGUCCGGAGGGUCACCAGUGCAGUGCAGACGGCCGGUCCUGUGUGGAACAAAGAGCCCAGAUGGUCUCCUCGGUGAUGUGCAGUGACCAGAUGACAGAGUGUCCAGAUGACACCACCUGCUGUGCCAACCCAGACGGAACCUGGGGGUGCUGUCCAGGCCUCAAGGCCGUGUGCUGUGCGGACAACAUCCACUGCUGCCCAGAAGGAACCACCUGUGACAUCCAGCAAGCCAAGUGUUUGUCCUCAGACAAACAUGUGGACAUGUGGGCCAAGUCACCCGCCAGAGCGCGGGCACCGUGGGAGAACCAGAAAGCAUUUAAAGGCUGUUGCCUUUCAGACGAGGCCACGGGGAGGGUUCCUGCACCUCCGCAGAACGGUGCUUCUGGCACGAAUGUUCCCUGUAAUGACUCUGUGUCCUGUCCUGAUGGAACUACCUGCUGCAAAACUCCGGAAAAGUCCGGAGGCUGGGCAUGCUGCCCCCUAGUGGAGGCAGUUUGCUGCAGCGACUUCAUCCACUGCUGCCCAAAGGGAACGACCUGCGACGUGGGCGCUGGAACCUGCAGCGACCCCCUGGGCCCUGGGUCCGUGCGCUGGGUGGAGAAGACCCUCCCCAUGCCCAGGAAGGUGGAGCAGCGAGCGGAAAACGUGACGUGUGACUCCAGCCACAGCUGUCCAGACCAGACCACCUGCUGCAAGACAGCCGAGGGAGAUUGGGCCUGCUGCUCUCUGCCAAUGGCCGUCUGCUGUGAGGACCACGAGCACUGCUGCCCUCAGUUCACCACCUGUGAUCUGGCCACCCACACCUGCAGCGGAGCCUGGGGGGCGGUGCCCAUGGUGAGGAAGGUGGGUGCUCUCACCACCCCCAGCCCCACCACUCCUGCGGAGGCUGAGGAGGAGGAAGAGGAGGAGGAGGAGGGAAGGGUCCAGUGUGACCCUCACACCAGCUGCCCCAAGCUCACCACCUGCUGCAUGAUGAGCUCAGGCCAGGGGUGGGGCUGCUGCCCUCUUCCUGAGGCUAUCUGCUGUUCUGACGGAGACCACUGCUGUCCCGCCGACUACAAGUGUAACGAGGGCUCCACCUCGUGCUCCAGGGGGGCCGUGGUGAUCCCCUGGUACAACAAGCUGCCGGCCGAGGCUCAACACACCGGCCCUGCGUCUUCUUCUGUGAGGUGUGACGCCAACAACAGCUGCCCCGAGGGCGCCACCUGCUGCCAGCUCUCAGCAGAGCGCUGGGGGUGCUGCCCCCUGAAGGAGGCGGUGUGCUGCCUAGACCAGGAGCACUGCUGUCCGCAAGGCUACAGCUGCAACUUGCUCUCAAGAUCCUGCCAGAAGCUCAUCUGGCAACAAUUUCAAACAUUACCCCUGACUAGUGUGUCCCUGCCAGAGCCCCAGCCUCAGCCCCAGACCCAGACCCAGCCUCAGCCCCUGCCUCAGACCCAGCCUCAGACCCUGCCUCAGACCCUGCCCCAGACCCUGCCUCAGACCCUGCCCCAGACCCUGCCCCAGACCCUGCCUCAGACCCUGCCUCAGACCCUGCCUCAGACCCAGACCCUGCCCCAGACCCUGCCUCAGACCCUGCCCCAGACCCUGCCCCAGACCCUGCCCCAGACCCUGCCCCAGACCCUGCCUCAGACCCUGCCUCAGACCCAGACCCAGCCUCAGAUCCUGCCCCAGCCCACUACCCCACAGGAGAAGGGUAUAUAUUGUGCUAAAUCCUACAGAUGCAGGGAUGGAGAGACAUGCUGCAAGACCAGCACCACGUGGAGCUGCUGUCCCUUACCCAACGCUGUGUGCUGUGGAGACAUGAAGCACUGUUGUGACUCUGGCUACACCUGCGGAGAGGGGGGCAGCUGCACCCAGUCCCCAGGGCUGAGCUGGGACGACUGGCGGCUGGUCUUCACCAACAGGAAGAGAGCACUGUGAAGACCGGCUCUGCGUGCUGGCUCUGACCGGCUCUGACCGGCUCUGACCGGCUCUGCCUGUCGAUCCACAACUCUGACCCCCUUUUUAUGCUUUUGCACUAAUCAAGAGUUGCUGUUACAAUCAAGUUGUACAUUUCCUCAGGGUAAAAGAAGGGAUGUUGGUUUAAAGGGGGGUUUUCUUGCACUGUUGUCUGUGGUCCAUGCUUAGGCCUGCCUGUCACACACUAUUUUAGUUGGGAUAGUGCAAACGCAUUUUUUACAUGUUUCCAACUAUGUUGUAAAAAUUGGUUAUUUGUAUUGUUAAUUUGUAUUGUUACACAUUUGAUUUGCCUUCUGAUUUACAUUUUGUUUAAUUGAUAAAAUAAAUUAAAUGUAUGUUCGGGCAAAAACUAUGGGGUUGCUUUAAAUGUCGAUUAAGAUUAGGCUAUGAAAUACUGAAACUGUAAAGGACUGUAAAACUGGUUAUCACUGUUAAUUUGACACGAAUAAAGAGAAAUUCCUCUAUAUGUAUAAGAA